GCCAUUUUGUCAUUUACCUGUCUUGUGCUUGCGGAUGUCGUUGUGGCUUCCUCUUUCAAUUUCAUUGCCGGCUUUCUGAAAUUUAUUUUUUCAAGCUAAAGGUGCAAAACGACUUUUAAAAAGUGUAUCCUCCAAUUGACGUUAAUAGGAUAACCAACAUGAGGGGUUAUUCAAGAGGAUACUCGAGAGGAAAUUCCUACAGGGGCUCUAAUAGAGGUUAUGGUAGCAGAAGAGAGCCUAGAGAUAGCUUCAACUCAUCUUAUGAAAGUGGCCAUGGUGGUGGUGGACGAGGUUAUGAAAAUAAGAGCUUCUCUGAGAGAUAUUCAAGAGAUGAAUAUCCCAAGGCUUAUAGAGUGGAUAACUACUCUAGACAUUCUCCUGAGAGAAAGAGGAUGAGGCAUGAGGGAUCAUCAAGAAAUGAAUAUGGUGGUGGUUAUGAAUCAUACCCAGUAGAAAGAAGAGCUUACUCUAGGGAACGGGAAAGAUAUCCCCCAUCUUCCUCGAGAAGGGAGGAUUUCCGCAAACCUCCACCGCUAACCCCUAGAGGUGGAGGCGGUAGAGGAGGACGUAUAAACUCCAGAGGUUCGCGUGGAAUCAGAGGAAGAGAAAGAGGCCGCAGGCCAUCUGGAAGACUUUUAUCUAGUCGUUCUUAUGGUAUUAGGAAAAGGGGACUGGUUAGAAGGGAAUACUCCACGAGGGGAUCGUCGAGAUUGGUCAGAAUUAGGAGCACCGUUAGGCGAAAGAAGAAUUCUGACAGCAGCGAAAAUGAAUCCGAUGAGGAAUCUAAGGCAAAGAAAGAGGAUGAAGAAGCCGCCGAAGGCGAAGAUGCUGAAAUGAACGAAGAAGAGGAAAAAGAGGGCGAAGAAGAAACGGAAACUAAAGAGGCCGAAGAGAAGAAGGAGUCCCCUAAGAAAAAAACCAAGAAAACCCCGGAAAAACCCGAGAAAAAAUUCAUCGUUCUGCGCUGUCCACGUUGUAACGUCAAAGCUCCAACGUUUAGAAGCUACGAGAUCCACUUGCAGACCGGAAGCCAUCUGUUUAAUAUGCGCAAGGUUGCCAGCAAGCACAGAACUAUUUUAGCGCAAAUGCGUAACGCUCAGCGUCUCGCUCAGAACGAGCUUGAGAAAUCCGGCGAGGGUAUCACCGAUCACACGGUCUUCUGUCCGUUAUGUAAAUUGAAUUACAAGCAGGAAAGGGCCGUACAUCAAGGCACCGCUGCGCAUAAGAACAUGCGCAAAUUUUUGAUGCCCAGCUGCAAAGUUUGUGAUGUCACCUUUAAGAGUCCAAUGGUCUAUGAACAUCACUUGUGCAGUAUUGAUCAUUUGAAGCGGAAGCAGCAAGCCGAGGAAGGGGACAGUAAAGGCGAUGAAGAAGACACUCUAGAUGAUUUCACCACAAUUGAUUCGGUAGGAGAUAUCGUUGAUGAUAAUUCGCCUGAUGAUGAAGAAGUUAAGAAAAAGAAAAAGGAUCGAGUGUAUCACGGAAUCGAACUGGUCAAGAAGGUUGAUGCAUGGUAUUGUGACUUAUGUAGGAUGUUCCUUCCUAGAUGCACCGAAAAUGAAUCUCCUGACAUUAUUUCUGGACAUUGCUUAAAACGCUUCCAUGUGCAACGUUUCACAAGGCAAAAGGAGAAUGCCGAAUUAAAAAAGAAAGCGGAAAAAAUGGUGAUGGAAGUACCUAAGAAGAAAAAGGAAGAAGUAAAGAAAGAAGAGGAUGAAACCGAAGAUGCAGAAAUGAGCGAGGUCAAAGAGGACGAUGGCAAAGAAAAACUUGAUGACGAUAAGAUGUGGGACGCCGUUGAUAAGGAUUUGGGAGAGUUGCUUGAGGAAACUGAUGGAAAAGAUGAUGAUGAUGAUGUCGGAGAAAGAUAUGAUAGGUUUAAAAGCACUGAAAAAGAGAAAAAUGGCGAAGGUGCCGAAGUCGACGCAGAAAAGUCGGAGGAAGUCAAAACAGACGAAGCUAAAAAAUAGAUCGUCCUUCUUCACAUCAAUUUGUUCAAGUCUUUUUAAUUAUUACGUUUUGUGAAUCGUGGACCGUAUUGUAGCAUUUUUGGUAUUAUAAAAUAAUUUUUAUUUUACUAUGUAGACCCAUACUGUAUCUAUAAACAGUAUAAAAUGUCGCUUUAGUUAUAAUCGUUUGUCUUCAUGUGAAAUUUCGUAAACUGCUAAUUUGUAGAUUUAAAUGUAGGGUGUUAAGGUUUGCAAUAAUCGUGUAAUAAAUUUGCAACAGAACACAGA